CCGCCCUUCUCUGCCUGCCUCUGGGCUGGGCUGCUUGGGGGAUGAGAUACUCGGCUGUCAGUGGUGGAAGGGGCGAAGGCUACAACUGCAAUCACAUCCGCGAUUGAGAUCAUGGCCGAGAAUCAACCUCAGAAUAAAGCUAAACUCAUCUCUGAGACUCGGAGGAGAUUCGAAUCUGAUUAUAUGACAGAAAAAUCAGAUAAAUAUGAUCCACGUGAUAUUGAAAGGCUCCAGCAAGAUGAUAACUGGGUUGAAAGCUACUUACAUUGGAGACAUAAUGUUGUAGAUGAAACAGUAAAGAUGCUGGAUGAGAGUUUUCAGUGGAGGAAAGAAUUUUCUGUCAAUGACCUUAGUGAAUCUUCCAUCCCUAGAUGGUUAUUAGAAAUUGGUGGUAUUUAUCUUCAUGGUUAUGACAAAGAAGGUAACAAAUUGUUCUGGAUCAGAGUGAAGUAUCAUAUAAAAGACCAGAAAACAAUAAUGGAUAAAAAGAAGCUCAUAGCAUUUUGGUUGGAACGUUAUGCUAAGCGAGAAAAUGGAAAACCUGUAACAGUGAUGUUUGAUCUCUCCGAGACUGGACUAAAUAGCAUAGACAUGGACUUUGUGCGAUUUAUCAUCAACUGCUUUAAGGUUUAUUACCCUAAAUACCUCUCUAAAAUAGUGAUCUUUGAUAUGCCUUGGAUAAUGAAUGCUGCUUUCAAGAUUGUGAAAAGCUGGCUUGGCCCAGAAGCAGUGAGUUUGUUGAAGUUCACAGGUAAACAUGACAUCCAGGACUACGUCAGCGUAGAGUACCUGCCUCCUCACAUGGGUGGAACUGAUCCUUUUAAGUAUAGCUACCCACCACUAGUGGAUGAUGACUUCCAGACACCUUUGUGUGAGAAUGGACCGAUUGCCAGUGAGGAUGAAACGUCAAGUAAAGAAGAUAUAGAAAGUGAUGGUAAAGAAACCUUGGAAACCAUUUCUAAUGAAGAGCCAAUACCUCCUCUUAAGAAGGUUAGCUCAACUGAAUACACUUCCAAAACAGAUGAAACAGAAAAAGGUGAUUCUAAGAUUAAAUCUUUCAAAAAACCCCUGAGUGUAUUUAAAGGACCCUUAUUACACAUCAGUCCAGCAGAAGAACUAUAUUUUGGAAGCACAGAUUCUGGAGAGAAGAAAACUUUAAUAGUGCUAACAAAUGUAACUAAAAAUACAGUGGCAUUUAAGGUGAGAACAACUGCUCCCGAAAAAUACAGAGUGAAGCCAAGCAACAGCAGCUGUGAUCCUGGUGCAUCAGUCGAUAUAGUUCUGUCUCCACAUGGGGGCUUAACCGUUUCUGCCCAAGACCGAUUUCUGAUAAUGGCUGCAGAAAUGGAGCAGCCAUCUGGCACUGGGCCAGCAGAAUUGACUCAGUUCUGGAAAGAAGUUCCCAGGAACAAAGUGGUAGAGCAUAGGUUAAGAUGCCAUACUGUUGAGAGCAAUAAACCAAACACUCUCACAUUAAAAGACAAUGCUUUUAAUAUGUCAGAUAAAACCAGUGAAGAUCUACAUCUGCAGCUCAAUCGAGUAUUAGAAAGCAAUAGGAAGCUUGAAGACCAAGUUCAGCGUUGUAUUUGGCUCCAGCAGCUGCUACUUGCCUUAACUGUGCUCUUGCUUGCUUUUGUUGUUUCUUUCUUUUAUUCAUUGAACAGCUAAAGAUGUGGCUUCUUCAUUCGUGAUUUGGAAAAAGUAACAGACUCCAAAUUUCCCAACCAAGCUACUAAUAACAUUGCACAUCUGCUCUUUCCAAAAGAAAAUGUGCAGCACGUACAUGGGAGCAACACAUACUUGUCUUGAAAAUAAAUUGUUUGAAUAAAGAAAUGUU